AUGAAACUAUUUCACCUCGAUCCGGAAAUCAUCAACGACCUCGGUGACAUGAACAACGAAGAGCUCCUCCUCCUCUCCAUGAUGCACGAGGAUACGGUAAUAGAUAACCAAGUAGAGUUAUAUGUCUAUGCCUCUCUCCUUCUCUUUACGCGAAACCAGUCAUUCGAAUGUCUCCGCCGAGCUAUGCAAUUGACGAAGCAAUGGAUCACGACACUGGGCCUUUUUGACCACGAUCGCGAACGAAGAUUCAGCAUCCUCAAUUUGCUAUCACUGCGAGCCAACAGGCUUAGCUUCACGGGAGAUUACGUUAAACAUUCGUAUACCCAAGAUGUAUCAGAUCUAUCAGUACUUGACGAUCUAGAUGGUUUGAUCUAUCAGGCCGUCGUGGUCUUCAGCAGGUAUCAGCAAACAGGCAUUCUGCAUUACUUAAACGAGGCCAUUCGCAUGCUGGAGCAAGCGAUCACUGUAGCACCAAGGAGCACGGCGUUAAGUAACCUAGCUGCAUGUCGGCUAGGAAACUUAAGCAUGAUGCUCGGCCGCCGGUUUGACCAAACAGACUCAAUAGACGACUUGAGGCAUUCCAUUAACACCUUGAAUAUGCAACUAGAGUCUACUACACCGCUAGACCAUCCUCAUCGAAUCGAUUGUCUAGUGAGACUAGCGGCGCGGCUUAACCAACUUUAUGAGAAAACUGAUCUAAUCGAGGAUUUAAAUCGCGCCAUUGAAGUUUCGGAAAUGACUGUCGAUAUCAUGUCGGAAAACCAUCCCGAUAGACGCCCCCCAUUAAUAUGCCUUGGAAUCCAGUUCGGUGUUCGAUUCGAGCAAACCGGUUCGAUGGACGAUUUAAACCGUUCCAUCGAUAUUUUGAACGAGGCUUUAAACACUAACUUCAGACAAUCCAAAACUGUCAUAACUUCAGAUCAUCCCGCUUACGCACCCGCUUUGAACUGUCUUGGGUCCUGUUUCAGUGACCGGUUUCGACGAACCAAUUCGGAAGAUGACAUGAAUCGUUGUAUCGACAUGUUCAGUAUGGCAGUGGAUGCCACACACGAAGAUAGUCUCGCCGACCUGGCUAAUCGAAUGAGUAACCUUGGGACCGCUUUGGUAAACCGAUAUAGCCGGACAGGUUCGAUGAGCGACCUUAACAGCGCCCUCGACAAGCUAGAUAUGGCAACAAACCUCGUGCCUGUUGGCCAUCGUGCAUAUAUAAGUGUAAGAAAUAAUUUGGCGAAUUGCCUUGGAAAUCUUGACCGUGCCGUUAGUAUUCUAACAGGUAUUUUAUACGCCCUUGCCUUACGGCUUAACGAUUUGAACCACGCCAUCGAUAUCACCACAGCGGUGGUGGACGCUACACCUCAUAAUCACCCUCGCCAAGCCGAACGGCUAGCACUUUUCGGAGAGGUCCUUACCUCGCGAUAUCAGCAGACUGGUUCGAUAGCUGAUCUGAGCCGCUCAAUCCCCGAGGAUCAUCCUGCUCGAUCUAAGCUCCUGGAUUCCCUUGCAGCUGGACUUGUCUUUCGGUUCGUACAGACUGGUUCGAUGGAUGAUUUGAACCGUUCUAUUGAGCUUUCAAACAUAGCCAUGAACAUUCCCAUCCAUGAUCAACCUGGCCGCGCCGUUCUAUUAAUGAAUUUUGCAUCCCGACUAGGCCGUCGAUUUGAGCGAGACGGCUCCAUAUAUGAUUUGAACCAUGCCACGCCCCUAGACCACCGCGAUCGAGCUUCUCGGUUAGGGACCCUCGCAAUUUGGCUAAGCAACCGGUAUGAUCGGACUGGUUCGAUGAAUGACUUGGAUCGUGCUAUUGAGGUCUCAAAAAUGUCAAUAAGAUGGCUCGAGCAUAGGUAUAAUGUGACCGAGUCGGCAGAUGAUUUGGACUGGAGGCUUCGCUCGUAUAAAGAGGAAUGGGACUGUCACGCCGCAGGCGCACGCGAUCGGGUUCGUGCGGCUUAUGCAGCUGCCCAAGUCUUGACACUACAAUGCAAGUGGGAAGAGUCCAGCCAACUUCUAGAGGAAGCCAUCCACCUUUUCCCAGCCAUAAGCCCGCGGUCUUUGAAGCAUACUGAUAAGCAGCAUAUGCUUGGUAAGGACUUGGCUGGCUUAGCUUCUUUGGCGGCGGCGGUUUCUCUAAAUGCGGGAAAGGGGGCCGACAAUGCGCUGCGGCUUCUUGAACUUGGACGCGGUAUCAUUGCUGGCCUAUUGAUAGAUAUGCGCACGGAUAUUUCAGAUCUCCAGCAGAAAUACCCGGAUUUGGCAGACAAGUUUUCAUCUCUACGAGACGAGCUGAAUUCGCCAGCGGUCUUACCUAGCGAUGAUCCAUCUACCUGGGAAUCGAAAGCUAAACAACGUCGCGAUGCGGAUGAAAGGUUCAACGAACUCAUCACGAAAAUUCGUGCUAAUCCUGAGUUCCACAACUUCCUGUUGCCUCCGGACCGGGCUGAGUUGAUAUCUGCAGCAGACCCUGAUCCCAUCGUCAUUGUUAAUCUGAGCCCAUGUCGAUGCGAUGCGUUCCUUAUUGAGAGAACGCAGAUCAGGGUGUUGAACUUGCCUGACUUAAAUCUGCUCGAUGCCAAAAGAUGGGUUCAUUACCUUCAGUCGCCUCGAAAAACUGAUUCCUCUACAGCCAAAAUGUUAGAGUGGCUGUGGAAAGUUGUUUGCCGCCCAUGUCUAGACGAACUAGGUUAUAAAACCCCUAACUCUGGCAACCUUCCCCACGUGUGGUGGAUUCCUACAGGACUUCUAAGUCGGUUACCACUCCAUGCGGCUGGAAGACAUGUAUCUGGGUCUAGCGAGACCACACUGGACAGAGUCAUGUCAUCGUAUGCCUCGUCAAUCAAAGCCUUGGUUCACGGCCGUCGACGUCUCCCGCACGAUCCCGCAAAACUUUCAUCUAACCAUGCUCUUCUAGUAGCCAUGAAGCAAACGCCGGGGCUAACUACAAACGGAUUUCUUCCUUUUGCCACGAGGGAAACCGAUAUGUUAAGCAAUCUCUGUCCCUCGCUCCAGUUGACGCCAGUUAUGCCCGUGCCACGCAAAAGCGAUGUCAUGGAGCACCUAACCAAAUGCCAGAUAUUCCACUUUGCAGGCCAUGGAAAAUCCGAUCCCUCAGAGCCUUCGCAAAGCUGUUUGCUUCUCCAAGACUGGGAAACCGAUCCACUUACCGUGGAAGAUCUGCGUGAUCGGGAGCUUCAGAAGAGACCGCCCUUUUUAAGUUAUCUAUCGGCUUGUUCGACUGGAUCAAACGAGGCAGAGGAUCUAGCUGACGAGGGUAUCCAUCUCGUGAGCGCCUUUCAACUGGCGGGCUUUCGACACGUUGUAGGCACUCUCUGGCAGGUAUCAGAUAGUCACUGCGUUGAUGUAGCGAGGGUUCUAUACGAGACGCUGCGAAAUGAGGGGAUGACGGAUGUCGCGGUCUGUCGGGGACUACAUCGAGCCGUGAAACAGUUGCGCGAUGAUGAAAUCAAAAUGUACAAGAAGAGGAUGAGAGAUGCCACAGUUAUAGAGUCGGAGAGUGACGAAGAGGCAUCGGGAUGCUUUAACUGGGUUCCCUACAUUCAUUUUGGUGUUUAG